CCAUGAACCACCAGUGAUUAUUUCUGCAAGGACAGUCAUUAGAAAAAUUAAUUGUAGAAAGUGAGUGUUCUGUGGCCCGGAGCAACAAGUAGCGCUAUGAAAAGCUACUCCCUUUCUUCUGUGGACAUGCUGUGCUUCACAAAAUGUUUGUGAAGAACCACCUGACAUUGAUUUCGGGGAAAUGAUAAGUGAUGAGAAGGCCAGGUACCUGGAGGGUGACAGAACACAAUACAAGUGUGGCCCUGGAUAUGUCUUGGAAGGCACUGAAUGGAUAAUAUGUCGUGGGCAAAAGUGGACACCUGCGCCAAGGUGUAUGGCACCUUGUGGUAUCACAAAACAACAGCUAGAUGCAAAAGACCUGCUCCUGCCUGGGAAGCGAAGACGGUCCCAAGUGAUUCAGCAUAAUCAUACGCUGCAGUUCCUGUGCAAGGAAGGACACGUCAUCACAGUUCCUUCAGUCAGGAAGUGUAUCGAUGGGCACAUGGAUUUGCCGUCGUGUAUCUCUGGUAAACAUGCUGUUCAUAUUGAAAAAUCCCUCUAUGGAUAUUUAAAUGUUCAAAUGGUCUAUAACUACCUCACUUUCCAGUUCAAAAGCGAAUGCUUCCAGCUGUGUCUUUCUCAUAUGUUCAGAGAGACUAUAUGAGGUGCUGCAUAGCCCCAGUGCUUGUUCUCUGUCCAGUGGACCAUGGCUUGAUUCUGCUAGAAAUCUAGUUUUUAUUCAUACGGCACUUGCACACAAGAAGUAUGUUCAUCUGGGACCAGAGGUGGUGUGUCCAGUUUCACCAGCUGAGGUGAAAAGGGAAUGUGUAGUCCCCUGACCCCACCCACUGCGCUGCACCCCUAAUUUCCGCUGCUGUCAA